CGAAGAUAUGCGGCCCUUGCAAACUUAUAUAUCCAAAGAUCGUUAAAAUGAGCGAAGAAUACACUGAUGCAGUCUUCCUCAAGAUUGAAGGAGAUCAUGACACCAACACGAGGGCCCUCAUGCGUGAGUGGGGUGUCAAGUCGGUGCCGUGCUUCCGCUUCUUCCGGAAUGGCGAAAUGAUUCACACGCACACGGGAGCGAGGGAGGAGGUGUUAAAAGAGCACUUCUUCAAGCAUUACCAAGGAGCAAAAGCAGAUAGUAAUUCCAAAACCAGGGAUGAAAUCAAAACUUGCUAGGAAUAAUUACGUCAAAUUAACAAAGCAGUGAGGCUCGGAUUUUAUUUUUUGUGUAUUAGAUAAAGAUCAUAAGGGGUA